AUGGAUCAUGCGUUGAUGGCGCUCUCGUUGGAUGAAGAAGAAACUCCGUUUGUCAUGCCGGAUCUGCCGGGCUUCAGCUCGGCGGAGGAGAAUAAACUCAGUCUCAUGGGUCGCAUUCUUAACCCGAGGUGUCAAAAGAUGUCGUCUCUAAUUAUGAAGAUGCCUAGGAAAUGGCAGAAGGAAGGUCGUGUGCGUGGAAUAGCUCUCUCCCCUGAGCGUUUCCAGUUCAUAUUCAAAUAUGAACAUGAUCUGGUGGAUGUGUUGGAAAGAGGAGUUCAAACCCAUCAAGAAUGGGUUAUUGUGUUGGAAAGAUGGGUGGAAAACCCCCCAGAAGACUACCUGCAAUUCAUCCCUGUCUGGGUCCAAAUCAGUAAGAUUCCUGUGAACUGUUAUACAGUGGGAGCCUUAACUGCUCUUGGCGACUUAGUAGGAAAGACGGUGGUGGUGGCCUUCGACCCCACUAAACCGGUAACCCAAAACUUCAUCAGAGUCAAGGUUAAUUUCAAUGUCGCUCAUCCUCUGAAAUCGUCAAGGACCAUCUCUCUCAAAGGUGGGACGGAGGCGGUAGUCCACUUCCAUUACGAGAAAAUUCAGAAGAGAUGCUUCAACUGUCAAAGGCUUAACCACGAAAAGGAUUACUGCCCGCUGGUGGUGAGGCAGAGACAAGAAGAUGCGAGGUUAAGGAGAGAAAAAAUGGCUGCAAACCUGGUGAAAAAACCCUUGGUGCUGCCUGAAGAUGAUAUCUUGUUUGGAGUCUUAGAAGAAGAGCAGGUGGGAAUGGAUCCAGCCACAGGAAGAUGGAAGAUAGCAAAAGAAGUGCUGGAGGAAAUGAGAAGAUAUCUCCUUGCUGACACUGGUGAAAGCAAAAUGGUGAAGGUGGGAAAGGUUCAAGAGUCAGUGAGGUCAGCUGAGAAGGAUCCUAUGUUACAGCGAUCAGUGCUAAGACUUGAGCCCCCCCCGAUCAUCACGACCGAUUUGAACAAAGGGAAAGGAUUGGUGUUUGAUUAUAGUGAAAAAAUGGGAGAAUCGAAAGCUAACUCUGUGAAGAGUAACCCUACAAAGCUCAUGGCAGACUCCUUCAAGGCGCUCUCAGCUGACUCCUUCAUCUCUUCACCAGUCCUGAAGAUAGCUACUGAAGAGGAGGAUAGCUCUGUGGAUAUAUCAUCUCGUAAACCUUCCUAUCCUACGGUUUUCAAGGCAAGCAACUUUGCUCCUUGCUCUUCCGGGGUAGGCAAGAAGAGAUCUGCGGUAAGAAAGAGACCACCUAGGGCCGUAAGACUGCAGAAGAGGAGAGAGUUGGAGUUGGCAGAGAUUAACUCAAAUGACGGUGUGGGUGAAGGGAAGCAAACCGUGGGUAACAAGAAACGCAAGUGUUCAGUGGAGGAGGUGGCAACGCCAACAACAAUCAAGGCUGUGUGCCUUAAGGUGGUCCCAUAUGAGGGAUCGCCCAAGCAAUUAUGA